GCCUGGGCUAAUUAUUGGGAGGUUCAUGUGGAUAAAGUACAGCUCAUCCCUCCCUUCACAUCAUGUCCCCCGCUCGCUGGCCACGCUCGCUGCAUGCUUUUUAAAUUCCCGUCGCCGGCCUCCAGACGUCGCUUCCUCUCGCCUGCGGGAUGAUGGACAGCAGGAUACUGGAUCCACCGCACGCCCAGUUCGGAGGCUCUCUCGGCGGGAUGGUCGGCUUCCCGUACCAUCUGAGCCACCAUCACGUUUACGAAUUAGCGGGGCAUCAACUUCAAUCUGCGUCCGCGGUUCCCUUCUCGAUAGACGGAUUACUCAAUGGCUCCUGCGCGGCGUCGGUGGGCAAUUCCAACCCCCUCUUGUCGUCGGGUUGCGGGAUGAACGGAGAUAAUCAGCAGUACAAACUGUCAGACUCGGUGGACCCAGACAAAGAUAGCCCUGGCUGCAAGAGAAGAAGAACUCGGACGAAUUUCACAGGUUGGCAGCUGGAGGAAUUAGAAAAGGCUUUUAAUGAGAGUCACUAUCCGGACGUGUUCAUGAGGGAAGCCCUGGCUCUCCGACUGGACUUGAUAGAGUCUAGAGUUCAGGUCUGGUUUCAAAAUCGCAGAGCCAAAUGGAGGAAAAAGGAGAACACAAAGAAAGGUCCGGGUCGACCUGCUCACAACGCCCACCCCACCACCUGCAGCGGGGAGCCCAUGGACCCGGAGGAGAUCGCCCGGAGAGAGCUGGACAGGCUGGAGAAGAAGAAGCGGAAGCAGGAGCGCCGGCUCCUCAAGUCCCAGAACAAGCUGGCUGCCGGGGACUUGUUUCACACCCCGGGGUCGGACAGCGACAGCGGGGUGUCGCACGUCACCGACAGUGACCACAACACGUGCCCGCCCUUCGACUCGGUGGGGGGGAGCCAGUCGAGGUGCGACCUCCAGAGCCAAAACCAGAACCAAAGACACCCGGACCGGGACGCUGGCGGAUCCGAGCUGGACUCGCCCGACGCCAGCCACCGGUCGAGCCUGUGCACCGGCAACACCAACAGAGCCUCCAGCAUGCAGAAACUCAACCCGUUCAGCGUCGAGAGCCUCCUCUCGGACUCCAGACCCAGACGCAACCCCGCGGCCUUACCCUCGUCUCGGCCCUUGAUAGGGAAGGGCCACUUCCUGCUCUACCCCAUCACGCAGCCGCUUGGAUUCAUCGUCCCCCAGACCGCCCUGAAGGCGUCCGCGGCGGCGGCGAACGGCGACGGAGACGCGCCGGCGGACAGGGAGCAGCGGCCCGCCGUCCGCUGCGGCGGCGCCUCGUCUGCGCGCUCCCCUGGAUGUAGGAGCAGCUCGCCGGACGCGCUGCAAGUCGGACAGGUGGGACAGGAGGGGAGGUCGAGCCCGUCCUUCGUCUCUGGACAGCAGAGCUCGGUGCUUUGCAGCGAGUCGACUUUUGAACUCAUCGCGCCCGUAGACACGGACAAAAAGGAGCGCUCGGAGCACACCGACAACCCGGGGCCCCUCAGUGACUGUCCCACACAAUCAAACUCCACAGAAGACGUGGACAUGGGAUAAAAUCAGAGGAGGAGGGGUGUGGGAUGGGGGGGGAGAGAGAAAAAGCAGAAAGCGCCUCUAAACAACACCUUUCAUUAGGCCAAAGCUUGACCACGUCUCAUUCAAACGCUGUUUUGCCCCAAAUCUGCUGACAUAUUUUCUUUCUCCCCCCUCCCUCCCCCCCAACACUGUCCCUCUCCUAAUUUUUUAUUUUCAUUCUGCGGGUGUGCGAGAGUAUCAUUUAAUGUGUGAUAACCUGUCAAAAAAAACCCCACCCCGAGACCAACAAAAAUCCUCAAGAGCUGUAAGGAGAGAAAAAAAGGUAUUAUACUAUUUAUAUAUGUAAGGUUUUUCUUAAAUAAAUCUAUUGUAUACAAGCACCUGA